AUGGCGGAUAAUAAUAAUAACUCAUCGAUACAGCCAGCAUCGCACCGAGGAAUGGCGUACUUUGCAAUGAACGAUUCGUCAACACCGAGCCAAACGGCUACUAUGAGGCCUGGGACGACUAUUAAGCCUCCUUCGGCAUUACGUAGUGGUACUGCAAGUAGACUGGCAGCAAACAAUAUUAAUACCAAAAGCUCAAUUGCCACGCAACGUAUUGGCUCUGCGCUUGGAAACGCAGGAAACAAGAUGAGUGAAAGACCCAUAACUCAGCAUGGGAUAAGCGGUCUAUCGACAUCGUAUAGUCGCCCAGGUGCAACCGCCAGUGGGAAUCGUCAAAUUAAAGAUAAGCGAUAUUGGCAAGCAUUAUUACAAAGUAAAAUACAUGAAAUCAGCUAUGAGACUAGCAAACUUUCAAAUGAUAAAAAAUUCCUCGACCGCGAACGAUCAGCUCGUAAGUUGUACGAAAAGCGUGUAAAGGAUGCCGCCAAAGAUUUGACAAACUUACAGUCAACUCUCACAUCAAUGAAUUUGGCAUUGGACAACUGCAGUUCGGGUAUGACUAGACAACAUCUCCUUAAUGAAACUGUAGCUCUACGAGAGCAAAACGAACAUAUUCAGGAGCAGUUGGAAGUCAUAUUUAAGCAACGUCAACUCAAAGACACCGAAAAUCGGGGCUUAGAAAAUGAAACCGCUAAGGAAAAGAAUAUAAGCAAAGAGAUGAUAAACUCUUUAACCGAUGAGGAACAGCGCAAAUAUCGAGAUCUUCAGUUUGUUUCCGAAAAUCUACAAAAACAAAACACUGUAUUUCAUACGCGAAUAAGUGAAAUGGAAAAACAAAAGGAGCGGCUUCUUUCAACAAUAACAAAUUCGCAAAGUAGGGCUGAAGCACACCGCCUCAAAUUGAAACUAAAAGAGUUAUCUGCUAAAAGGAACUCGAUGUACGAUGAAGCUAAUAAUCGACUCACUCCGGCGCAAGAACGCGAGAAACUGAUCAUCGAAGUUCGUUCUAACAACAAAGCUCUCAGUGGAAUUGGAAGACAGUUGAAAAUAAUCGAAGAUCAGCUGAAUGAGAAAAAGGAAUUAUGGCAACAAAUUCAGCACGAUCUUGAAGAGGGGAACUCAGAAAGACACAUCAAGUAUAAGGAACUUAAAAAACGCGAUGAAGUCAUGUCGUCUUUCUUGAACGGUUUCAAAAAAACUAUGGAUCAAGAAAAGCAAAGAAUAGAAUUGCUGAAAAAUCAAAUAACUUUCGCAAUUGAACAAAUCACGCUACAAGGAAUUAACAUGAAAGGUUUGAGAGAGGAUAAAUCAGAUAAACUAGAUAAUGACGAAAUUAUAUCCAAGAACGAUCUUAACUCUCAUGCUGGUCUCAUAAAAGAGUAUAAAAAACUCAGUAUUCUACUCAAACAACUUCAAAUUCUUGAAAACCGAACUAGGCAGCAAGUAAACACUUUACGGCAAGAAGAAACGGAUACAAUGAAAUUGAUUAAAAAAUACAUGAAUUUGGAAAUACCUCGAUCCACCGCCAUCGCUAAAAUGAACGAUCUCUCUUCAGCGCUGCAGGAGUUAGACGAUAAAAAGCGUGUGACUGACAAUGUGGUUGAGGAAGCACGAAGUCGACAUCAAGAUUUAAAAAUAAAACUAAAAAGCAAUGAGACUUAUCGUCAAUUAUCCCACCUCGAAGAAAAGCUGAUCGAUAUUCUCAAAGAAAACAAAUCACUACAGAGCACUUUUGAUCAGCUACAGCAGGAGAAUGAUUAUUCACCAAUACGUGAGGAAGUAAAUGCCAUGGUCAACGAAUAUAACACACUACUCUGUUCAGAAACAGAUACAUAUUGCAUGAAUAAUUUAUUUUAG